AUGUGUCACAGGAGGAAAUGAUGAUGAUGGUGAUGGUGAUGGUGAUGGUGAUGAUGAUGAUGAUGGUGGUGAUGCCCAUGAAGAGGUAAUAUCGCCUUGUGUGACGGACGGUGUGGAAAGCACCGGAAGCCGGACCGUGUCCUCUCCGAGGCGUUGGAACGGAAAGGGGAGGGGGGGGGGUGGAGUGGAGGGGGGUGUCUUUACCGUAAGCCAGGAGAGGUUGCGAGGAGAAGCCGGGGAGCCGUACGGAGCUGAGGUCUCGUUUCCACGCCGACACCGGCCCAAACAGCGCGAGCUCCAUGGAUCUGGGAGUGUGCGCAGUCUUCUUGCUCCUCAGCGCUUUGGCUGCGGACUCCGUUUCUGGAGGCUGCCCAGACGGAUGCAAGUGCAGAGAGAGCAAAGUCCUGUGCCAGAACAUCUCGGAGUUUCCCAGCUCUAUAUCCUCGACUACCUCCACCCUUUACAUCGCCAACGCCAGCAUCUCCUCUCUGAGGCCCGCCGACGUCGAGGGCUUCGCCGCGGCCCUCUCGAUGUUCGUGGUCAAGGAUUCCGCGAUGGCGGAGGUGCUCGCCGGCACGUUCGACAAAACGCGAAACCUGGUGGCCCUGGGCUUGUCGGGAACCCGGCUGCAAAGUCUCCCGGACGAGCUCUUUCGGAAUCUGGGAAAGGUCAAAUCCCUCACUUUGAGCAAAAACAAAAUACUUGUCCUCGCCCCUGACCUACUUUCGCCUCUUGGGGACUUGCAGAAUCUGGACCUGAGCGGGAACCUCCUCACCCACGUCCCGGGGGAGGCAUUCCGCCGACUCGGGCAGUUGCAGAUCGUCAACCUGGCCCAGAACAACAUCGCCAACCUUUCCCGGGAGACCUUCCGAGGACUCGGCGAGCUGAGGUUCCUGAGACUCAACAGGAACGCCGUCGGAGAGAUCCCGCCCGGCUGCUUCGACGACCUGGUGAACCUGGAGGAGCUCUCCUUGCAGGACAACCGGAUCGAGAGUCUCCCCGGCCGCCUGUUUUCCUCGCAGCGGAAACUGAAGAAGCUGUACCUCUCCAACAACCGCUUGUCCCUGCUCCCGCGGGGCAUCUUCCUCGACCUCCCCGACCUCGUCCAGAUAUCCCUCUUCGAGAACCGGCUGAGCGGCGUCCCCGCGGGCGUCUUCGGCCCCAUGGCCCUCCGGGAGCUCUGGCUGUACGACAAUCGGCUGACGCGCCUGGAGGACGGCGCGUUCAGCAACCUGACGCGCCUGCGGCUCCUGGUUCUGAGCCGUAACCGGAUCGGCUCUGUCCCCGCCGGGGCCUUCGGCGGCCUGGCCGAGCUGGGAGAGGUGUCCCUGCACACCAACCUGCUCUCGGGCCUGGAGGAGGGGACCUUCAGCGGGCUGCCCAAGCUGGAGAACAUCUCCCUGGAGCACAAUCUCAUCCAGUCCCUCCCUGGGAAGCUCUUCCACGGCUUGCCGCCCCUCUGGGAAGUGGACCUCCACAACAACUCCCUGCGGAGCCUGUCGCAGGAGGUGCUGGACUCCCUGGACGCGGUGAAGGAGGUGAAGCUCGCCCAGAACCCCUGGAGGUGCGACCGGGACAUCCUGCCCCUGCGAGACUGGGUGAGGAGGCACCCCUCCAAAGUGCAGAAUGCCAGCCUGCUGACGUGCCUCUCUCCCGAUUCACUGGCCCACGCCAAAAUUACCGACCUGACCAACGAGGAAGCAGAAGCCUGGAGGCCGUCCACCUCGACCGCCACCACUCCCUCAGGCGACUUGGCCACACCCACGGAGAUGCGAAGGAGGCCUCACACCCCGCCCCCCAAAAAGAGCACCCCUGCUGCCCCUGCCGCCACCACUCCUCCCGUGCGGGACGACAGUAACCAUGGCGACGGGGAGGGCCUUUCCCGGGACGCUAAAAUCAUCAUCAUCACCUUGGUCUGCAUCGCCAUCAUCGCCACCGUCAUCAUCUGCUGGAUUUGCUACAGGAGGAAGAAGCGGGCCAGCCGCACCUUGUACCACCAGGCCAGAAAGAACACCGUCAUUUAGGGGUGGGGUGGGGUGGGGGGGGGUAUCUUUUCUAUAGGCCGCCCCUCAUGGGGCCCCUAUUUCAGGCCACCUUGGAACACUCUGAGAGCUGGACACGGGAGUGCACCACGGAACCGUUUUGGAACCAUUCAGCUUUCCAGGAAGCGGCCGUCCGCUAAGCUUCGGCGUUCCGGUCACAAAAUCGGUCUGUUUAUUCACGCGAGCGCGCUGCAAACUUGCGGUGGUCUGAGAACGUAAUGCUCCACUGCACUGGAAUGUCACGAACAUCGCAUUUUCCCAUGUUGCCGUUUUGCUCGCUUGAAGUUGAAUGGGAUGCUUGCUAACCUUGUGCACAUUUUGUAGUCUUACUUGGAUCUGAGCUUCGCAUGAAAAUGGAACCUUCUUAGCACUGUAAACAGCAGAUAAGGCAGGAAACCAGAAACCCCUCUAUCUCAGUGAGCCUAUGAUACUUUUCAUUUUUUCCCCUGAUGUCUGAAUUCCAUUGCUUUUUAUAUUUAAAUAGCCUGACAUUGAUACCAGUGCAAUAUAACAUGCUGCAUCAUUAUUGACAGACAUUAUUAUAGAAGAAAGGCUAAAAUUUCAGUAUUACCCUUUAAUGAUUUCUGAAGUAAUGCAACAUUCUUUUUUAAUGCCCAAAUUGAUUAUGAAUCACAAAUAACAACAAUCUGUAACAAUCUGAAUUGUAAAUAAUUAAAUUGUUUAUUUUCAGGAAUAUGGGUUAUAUAAUGACUUACUCAAACAAAAUGUCAAUAAACUUCAUUGAACAAGAA